AUGCUUGCGGCAUGGGAGACAGGGAGGAUGAGGAUGGCGGGGGUAGUGGUGGUGGCGAUGGUGGUCAUGGUAGCGAUGACAACGAAGAUGUUCAGUGCGAAUGAACAGACCUCAGUCACUUCCAGAGACGAGCUGCUUGCCAGAGGGAGGAGAGGAGGGCUUGCUUCGUUGUUUAGGGAGGACAGUGGGUCUGACGGAAGUGACCGCAUUAAGCGGCUCGAGGAUGAGGCAAAAGCAGAAUCGAUGGAAGCGAAGAUCAAGCAGGAGGCGGCAGAGCUGGAAAGGAGGAGAGCAGAGGCUGUCAGGUCGCAGGCAGACGCGACUGAGGCGCAUUUGGGGGCAUUCAGAGAUAAGAAGCUUGCCAAGGAAGACUUCGAAAGGGCCUCCAAGUUCGCAUCUGAUGCAGUCAAAGCACAGCAGGAUGCGCGAUUAGCUGAGAGGAAGGCCGAGAUAUCGGAGAAAACCUUGUCUCUCAAGAGGGAGGUAUCCGACGUGCUCAAGGAGCAUGCAGAUACGGACAGGAAGGAAGCACAGGAAGCGAUCGACUCGUUGAGGGACGUCAAGGAAGAGAUCAAGCGAACAAGGCGAGAGAUCGACCUUCUCAAGCGAGAGUCUCGUGCGAAGAGGUUGGAAGCGGAUGAGCGGAUUAAGAUCGCGCGCAAGCUGAUCAACACGGCGAAGCAGCUGAGUGUGGAGGCAAAAGCUGAGCAGAUCAAGGCGCGAGGCAGCGCGACGGUCCCUGUGGUGUCGCAAAACGCUCUGGAGCUCAUGGAGAAGGAGGCAAAGCGGGUGGGUCACCUGCUCCAGCUGGAUUCGAACAGCCUGAAGAGCGCAGAGAUGGUGCUGCACGACCUGAACAACAACAAGGAGAACCCGCUGAGCUCUCUCAGGUCGAAGAUCGAGACGGUAGAGCGAAAUUUGGCCAACUUCACAUAG